GAUUUGUUAUAACCGAAUGCGCAAAUUCGCCCGGAAGCCUUUCACGGCUGCACCUGAGAUAACUUGUAGAAGAAUAACAUGGGCUAAUGUUUGCAUUUAAAUCUAUUUUCCGUGUGUACUUCUGUGGGUAAAAGUAGUGGCGAGGAAAGAUGGCUUCAACAUCCGACUCUGACAAACCGUCAGUUUCAAAUGUCGAAGAAAACAGAAGCCGCCUCUGCGAAGAGUUUGCUUCGAUCACGGGGACAGACAGCGCUGUGGCUCAGUGCUACCUGGCUGAAAACGAGUGGGAGAUGGAGAGAGCUUUGAACUCAUUCUUUGAAGCUGACAUGGAGAAAGUGUUUGAAGAAGAUUUUCCAGAGAGUAAGACCAGCCCCAAAAGAAAGAAACAAAAAGUUGAGGAAAAACCCCCAGGAGACUGUAUAGAUUUGACUGGAGACAGUCCAGCCUCUGCACGCAAACCCUCAGAUGAAGAAGACAGCAAUAAACUGUCGCUGAUCUCCUGGAACGUGGAUGGACUUGACACAGACAACCUCGGAGAACGUGCCAGAGGCCUGUGCUCCUUCUUAGUCUUAUAUACUCCUGACGUGGUGUUCCUACAGGAGCUCAUUCCACCUUACGUCCAGUAUUUGAAGAAACGGGCUGUCAGCUACCUCAUCAUAGAAGGUGGUGAAGAUAAUUACUUCACUGGGAUGAUGCUGAAGAAGUCACGAGUCAAAUUCCUGGAGAGCCAGAUAGUAACUUACCCCACCACACAAAUGAUGAGGAAUCUGCUUGUGGCUCAGGUGACUUUUAAAGGCCAGAAGCUGUGUCUGAUGACGUCCCACCUCGAGAGCUGUAAAGGUCACGCAGGGGAGCGGAUGAAACAGCUGCGAGUGGUGAUGCAGAGGAUGAGAGAGGCGCCUGAUGAUGUCACCGUCCUGUUUGGAGGAGACACAAACCUGAGGGACACUGAGGUUGCCAAGGUGGGUCUGCCCUCCAGCGUCUGCGAUGUGUGGGAGCGGCUGGGAAAACAGGAGCACUGCCGCUACACAUGGGACACCAAAGCCAACAACAACAAGAACGCUCCUUACGUCAGCCGCUGCCGAUUUGACCGUGUCUACCUGCGCCCGGCUGCCAAGGACGGCGUCCCACGCCUGGCCCCUGACCACAUGGCCCUGGUGGGGCUGGAGAAGCUGGACUGUGGACGCUUCACUAGUGAUCACUGGGGAAUCUACUGUAGCUUCUCUGCUCCGUAGAAACGCACAACACUGAUUGAAACUUGCCAGUUAAAGUUUUAGUUCUUUAAAGAUUACCUGUAAAUUUUUAUAUCUUGAUUUGAUUUGUUUUAUCUUAUACUGUGCCUCUUGUCAGACUCUUGACCCAAGCUUUUCUGUUGUAAAAUAGCCAAAUAAAAAAGAAAUCACCAAUAAAUGUUAAACAUCAA